CGAGCCCAGAGCUCCGGGCGGUCGCAUUGUUUUCCUCCGCGGAUCUGCGGCGGGAGUAGGGCUCCUACUCGGACCCAGGACUCUCGUAACCCGACAGCGCCCUGGAGCCUAAAUCCGAGCACCAUCCAGACGGGACGCUCGUCGCAUCUCGCCCGAGCCCCAAACACGGAUCGCGAACUCUGAGCGGCGCGGAGCUGGGGGCCUCCCGCUGCUCCCUGGAUCUCGCUGACCCGGAUCUCGGAGCAAGUACCCUGGGAUCAAAGGGCUCCUAUCCCCCUUCGUCCCCCACAGGACCCACCACCCCAGAGGCAGCCUGAUGAGGGAAGAAGGGGAGAGCGGGCACGUUCAGCCAUUUCUCCUCACCCGUCCUUUCUAUCCUUCGCUCUGCAUAGGGGGGCCAGCAUAUGGGUGAGGGGGUACCCCCUGGGGCUUGAGCUGCCCCACACAGGAUGCCCCGUGCCCCCCACUUCAUGCCCUUGCUGCUGCUGCUGCUGCUGUCACUGCCCCAUGCCCAGGCUGCCUUUCCCCAGGACCCCGUCCCUCUGUUGACCUCUGACCUGCACGGUACUUCUCCAUUAUCCUGGUUCCGGGGCCUGGAGGAGGAUGCUGUGGCUGCAGAACUUGGGCUGGACUUUCAGCGAUUCCUGACCUUGAACCGGACCUUGCUUGUGGCCGCCCGGGAUCACGUUUUCUCCUUCGAUCUUCAAGCCCAAGAAGAAGGGGAGGGGCUGGUGCCCAACAAGUUUCUGACAUGGAGGAGCCAAGACAUGGAGAACUGUGCUGUCCGGGGAAAGCUGACGGACGAAUGCUACAACUACAUCCGUGUUCUUGUUCCCUGGGACUCGCAGACACUCCUUGCCUGUGGAACAAACUCGUUCAGCCCCAUGUGCCGCAGUUAUGGGAUAACUUCGCUGCAACAGGAGGGUGAGGAGCUGAGUGGGCAAGCUCGAUGCCCCUUUGAUGCCACCCAGUCAAAUGUGGCCAUCUUUGCAGAGGGCAGUUUGUACUCAGCCACAGCAGCAGACUUCCAGGCCAGUGAUGCUGUAGUUUACAGAAGUCUUGGACCGCAGCCCCCACUCCGUUCGGCCAAGUAUGACUCCAAGUGGUUGCGAGAGCCACACUUUGUCUAUGCUUUGGAGCAUGGAGACCAUGUCUACUUCUUCUUCCGAGAGGUCUCUGUGGAGGAUGCCCGGCUGGGGAGGGUGCAGUUUUCCCGGGUAGCCCGGGUGUGUAAACGUGACAGGGGAGGCUCACCUCGGGCCUUGGACCGCCACUGGACAUCCUUCCUUAAGCUGAGGCUCAACUGCUCUGUCCCUGGGGACUCUACCUUCUACUUUGACGUCUUACAGGCCUUAACUGGGCCUGUGAACCUGCAUGGCCGCCCUGCCCUCUUUGGGGUCUUCACUACUCAGGCUAAUAGCAUCCCUGGGUCUGCAGUCUGCGCCUUCUACCUGGAUGACAUGGAGCGUGGGUUUGAGGGCAAGUUCAAGGAGCAGAGGAGUCUGGAUGGGGCCUGGGCUCCUGUGUCUGAGGACAGAGUCCCCUCCCCCAGGCCAGGGUCCUGUGCAGGUGUGGGUGGAGCUGCCUUGUUCUCCUCCUCUCAAGACCUACCUGAUGAUGUCCUGCUCUUCAUCAAGGCACAUCCACUGCUGGAUCCCGCUGUGCCACCUGCCACCCACCAGCCUCUCCUCACUCUCACUAGCAGAGCCCUACUGACCCAGGUGGCUGUGGAUGGCAAGGCCGGGCCCCACAGAAACACGACAGUCCUGUUUCUUGGCUCCAAUGAUGGGACGGUGCUGAAGGUGCUACCUCCAGGGGGACAGUCUCUGGGACCUGAGCCUAUCAUAUUAGAAGAGAUCGAUGCCUACAGCCCUGCCCGGUGCGGUGGGAAGCGCUCAGCCCGAGCUGCCCGGCGGAUCAUUGGGCUGGAGCUGGACACUGAGGGUCACAGGCUCUUUGUGGCCUUUCCUGGAUGUAUUGUCUACCUCCCACUCAGUCGCUGUGCCCGGCAUGGGGCAUGUCAGAGGAGCUGUCUGGGUUCUCAGGACCCAUACUGUGGCUGGCAUCGAUUGAAAGGCUGUGUGACUAUCAGGGGACCUGGUGGGACUGAUAUGGAUGUGACUGGGAACCAGGAAUCCAUGGAGCAUGGUGACUGCCAAGAUGGAGCUACUGGGAGCCAGUCCGGCCCUGGAGAUUCUGCUUAUGUGCUUCUGGGUCCUGGCCCUUCCCUUGAGAUCCCCAGUUCCCCCAGUGAUGCUCACCCAGGGCCCCAGUCUUCCACUCUUGGAGCUCACACGCAGGGCGUGCGCAGGGACCUUCCCCCAUCUUCAGCCUCCCGCUCCAUCCCCAUCCCACUCCUCCUGGCCUGUGUGGCGGCGGCCUUCGCCCUGGGCGCCUCCGUCUCCGGCUUCUUGGUGUCCUGUGCUUGUCGUCGCGCGCACCGCCGUCGGAGCAAGGACAUCGAGACCCCGGGGCUGCCGCGCCCCCUCUCCCUCCGCAGUCUGGCCCGGCUGCACGGUGGCGGUCCUGAGCCCCCGCCUCCGCCCAAGGAUGGAGAUGCCGCUGCGCCGCCGCCGCCGCCGCCACAGCUCUACACUACCUUCCUGCCUCCGCCCGAGGGCGGACCCCCGGGCCCGGAGCUGGCCUGCCUGCCCACCCCGGAGUCCACGCCCGAGCUGCCGGUGAAGCACCUCCGUGCCUCCGGGGGUCCGUGGGAGUGGAACCAGAACGGGAACAACGCCUCGGAGGGCCCGGGCCGUCCACGGGGCUGCAGUGCGGCGGGCGGGCCCGCGCCGCGCGUGCUGGUGAGGCCGCCCCCGCCGGGCUGCCCCGGGCAGGCGGUGGAGGUGACCACGCUGGAGGAACUGCUGCGCUACCUGCACGGCCCGCAGCCGCCCCGCAAGGGCGCCGACGCCCUCUCCCCGGCCGCGUUCGCCUCGCGGCCGCCCGCCCCGGAGCCCGGCGCGGCCCUGUUCGCGGACUCCAGCCCGCUGCCGCGGGACUGCGCGCCGCCGCUGAGGCUCGACGUGCCCCCCGAGGGCAAGCGCGCGGCUCCGGGCGGGCGGCCCGCCCUCUCGGCCCCGGCCCCGCGCCUGGGCGUCGGCCGCAGGCUGCCCUUCCCUACGCACCGCGCGCCCCCGGCCCUGCUCACGCGCGUCCCCUCGGGAGGCCCGGCCCGGUACUCCGGCGGGCCCGGGAGGCACCUCCUCUACCUGGGCCGGCCCGACGGCUACCGCGGCCGCUCCCUCAAGAGGGUGGACGUGAAGUCCCCGCUGUCCCCCAAGCCGCCCCUCGCCGCCUCGCCGCCGCAGCCCGCGCCGCACGGCGGCCAUUUUAACUUCUGACGGAAGCUGCUCGCGCCCGUCCAGGCGCCGGCGGCCCGGGCCUGCUGCGGAGGCCGGCGGCCUCCCCG